AUGAAGCUGGAAAACCAGACCAGAGUCCAGGAGUUUAUUCUCCUUGGUUUCCCUACUGCCAUAGAAUUUCAAAUACUGCUCUUUGUAAUAUUCCUUGUUAUUUACAUCCUGACCCUCCUCGAGAACAUUGUGAUCAUCGCUCUGAUCAGGACAAACAGCCAUCUCCAAAAACCUAUGUACUUUUUCCUUAGCCACCUGUCUUUCCUGGAGACCUGGUACAUUUCUGUGACUGUUCCCAAGCUCCUGGUUAACUUCCUAGCAAAGAACAAAAGCAUUUCCUUUGAAGGCUGCAUGGCCCAGCUCUACUUUUUCAUAUCCCUAGUCUGCACUGAGUGUGUCCUCUUGGCUGUCAUGGCUUAUGAUCGCUACAUCGCCAUCUGCAACCCACUGCGCUACCCAGUCAUUAUGAAUUCCCGGCUCUGUUUGCAGUUAGCUGUGGGAUCUUGGCUUGCUGGUUUCCUAAUCUCAAUGCUGAAAGUCUUCUUCAUUUCCCGCUUGAGUUUCUGUGGACCCAACAUCAUCAACCAUUUCUUCUGUGACAUCUCACCUCUGCUGAACCUCUCCUGCACGGACAGAACUGUAGCUGAGACCAUGGACCAUAAGAAUAAGAGUGUUGUCCGGGAAUUCAUCCUACUUGGAUUUCCAACCACCAUGGAACUGCAAGUGCUUCUGUUUGUGAUAUUCCUUGUGGCCUACAUCCUGACACUCCUGGAGAACACAAUUAUCAUUGUUGUGAUCAAAAUCAACCCUCAGCUUAACAAACCUAUGUAUUUCUUCCUCAGCAACCUCUCCUUCCUGGAGACAUGGUACAUCUGUGUUAUUGUCCCAAAACUAUUGGUUAACUGCCUGGUGGAAGACAAGUCCAUCUCAUUUGAAGGAUGCAUGACACAGCUCUACUUUUUCAGCUCUCUCAUAUGUACAGAGUGUAUCCUUCUUGCUGUAAUGGCAUAUGAUAGAUAUGUGGCCAUCUGCAAUCCACUGCGCUAUCCAACCAUCAUGACCCAGCGCCUUUGCUUGCAGUUAGCUGUGGGUUCGUGGCUAACUGGCUUCUUCGCCUCAAUGCUGAAGGUUGUAUUUAUAUCUCGCCUACCCUUUUGUGGCCCUAACAUCAUCAACCACUUCUUCUGUGACAUUUCACCUUUGCUAAAUAUGGCAUGUGAGGAUAUGACAGUGGCUGAAAUAGUGGACUUUGUCUUGGCAUUGAUAAUUCUGCUGGUCCCACUCUCAGUUACAACAGUUUCCUAUGUGUGUAUCAUUGGUACCAUUUUGCGUAUCCCAACUGUCCAAGGCAGGAAGAAGGCCUUCUCUACUUGUGCUGCUCACCUCACUGUGGUCACCAUCUUCUUCUCAGCCACUCUCUUCAUGUAUGCAAGACCAAAGAGGAUCCACCCUUUUGAUCUAAACAAAUUGGUUUCUGUCAUAUACACCAUUGUCACUCCAAUGCUGAACCCAUUCAUUUACUGUCUGAGAAAUCAAGAGGUCAAGGGAGCUUUAAGAAAAGCUUUCUGUAGCACAAGUGCCCUCCCCAAAAUCUCAGCACCCCUCACUAAUGCUGAAUGGCACAGAUAG